UUGCGGCACAUGCGCGGUAGGGGUGAAUUGACCUGGAUGUCAGUGUCAGAGUACGAAGCUGGAGAGUCAGUUGGGAGUUUAUGUAUUCUCAUAGCGGUGCGUGACUAGAAUAUCUGUCACCAUGCUGUUACAUGUCUGCAGAUAUACAGCACAAGCACACCAGUGCUUACAUCAGUUAAAGCCACUACAAACAUGUCUGCCAUCACUAUGCAUGAAAAGACGGUCUUCCUCCACAGUACCUCAAAUCACUACACACUACACCAUCUGCCCACGUGAGGAGGACAACAGAUGGGAAGGGAUCAAUAUGGAACGGUUUGCAGAGGAAGCAGAUGUUGUAAUAGUUGGAGGUGGCCCAGCUGGUUUGUCUGCAGCCAUACGAUUAAAGCAGCUUGCAGCUGAAAACGAUAAAGAGCUCCGUGUCUGUUUGGUAGAAAAGGCAGCCCAGAUUGGUGCUCAUAUACUUUCAGGGGCCUGCCUGGAGACCCGAGCCCUGGAUGAGCUUUUCCCUGACUGGAAGGACCGAGGGGCUCCUCUGAAAACUAAGGUGACCGGAGACAAGUUUGGAAUCCUAACGGAGAAGCACAGAAUACCAGUUCCAAUUCUCCCAGGACUUCCAAUGAAUAAUCAUGGGAAUUACAUUGUAAGACUUGGACAGUUCGUCAGUUGGCUUGGAGAGCAAGCAGAGUCGUUGGGGGUUGAAAUCUAUCCUGGCUAUGCUGCAGCAGAGGUGCUUUUCCAUGAGGAUGGCAGUGUUAAAGGCAUUGCAACAAAUGAUGUUGGCAUAAAUAAGGAUGGCUCACCAAAGUCAAACUUUGAACGUGGUCUGGAACUCCAUGCUAAAGUCACCAUCUUUGGAGAAGGCUGUCAUGGGCACCUUGCCAAACAGUUGUACAAGAGUUUCAAUCUCCGAGAGAAUUGUGAACCACAGACAUAUGCUAUUGGUCUGAAGGAGCUGUGGAUUAUUGAUGAGACGAAAUGGCAACCUGGUCUUGUUGAACACACAGUGGGCUGGCCUUUGGACAGACACACCUAUGGCGGAUCAUUCCUUUAUCACCUGGACGAGGGGGAACCACUUGUUGCACUUGGGUUUGUGGUUGGUCUAGAUUAUCAGAAUCCAUAUUUGAACCCCUUCAGAGAAUUUCAAAGAUGGAAACAUCACCCCAGCGUGGCCCCUACUCUGGAAGGUGGAACAAGAAUUGCUUAUGGAGCACGAGCGCUUAAUGAAGGUGGAUUUCAGUCUUUGCCAAAGCUGACAUUCCCUGGUGGUGUGUUGAUUGGUUGCAGUCCUGGGUUCAUGAAUGUACCGAAGAUUAAAGGUACUCAUACAGCAAUGAAGAGUGGUAUGCUGGCUGCAGAAUCCAUCUUUAAACAUCUAACAGAUGAAAACCUCCAGUCGGGUACUCAAGGGCUCAGUGCUCCAGAUUAUGAGGAGAACCUAAGGAAGUCGUGGAUCUGGAAGGAGCUCUACUCGGUGAGAAAUAUUAGACCUUCCUGCCACACUGUUUUUGGAUUGUAUGGAGGCAUGGUCUACACUGGCAUUUUCUACUGGAUAUUUAGAGGGAAAGAGCCUUGGACGCUUAAACAUAAAGGUUUGGAUUCUAAUCAGCUAAAGCCAGCUAAGGAUUGCACACCUAUUGAGUACCCUAAACCUGACGGUAAAAUAAGUUUUGACCUGCUGUCAUCUGUGGCUCUGAGCGGUACUAAUCAUGAGCACAAUCAACCAGCACACUUGACACUACGAGAUGACAGUGUACCUGUGAAUAGGAAUUUAGCUUUAUAUGAUGGCCCAGAGCAGAGAUAUUGUCCUGCAGGUGUUUAUGAAUUUGUCCCGCUUGAAUCAGGUGAAGGUUCACGGUUGCAGAUCAAUGCUCAGAACUGUGUCCACUGCAAGACAUGUGACAUUAAAGAUCCAAGUCAGAAUAUUAAUUGGGUUGUACCAGAAGGAGGCGGUGGACCUGCUUACAAUGGAAUGUAAUUUUCUCUAGACAAAGCAGUAUUUUAUCAUAUUUUAUGACUGAUUCUACCAUCUGAGACCACAGUGUGAAGCUGUUAAUUGUUAAAAAUGUUCUGCCAAAAUGUGACACCAAAGCAGGACAAUUCUGCUUACGUGCUCCUGAGAGCACUAACUUGCUUAGAUGGGCAUUUGAUUUUUCUGUGUUUGAAAAUGGUUUAUAGCUCCCUAGAGCUGCCUUAAUUCCACAAAUUUAACAGGUCUGAUUGAAGGCUUUUGCAAGACGCACAUGUACCAUAGACGAUGCCUUUUUGUGAAUGUAAACUGUAUCACAAGAGCUUUAUAUGUAAAGUUUUUUUGUUUUUUAUGUGCCAGAAAAAAAAAACAAUUUUUACAAAUCAUAAUUUUUUGUUUUGUUUUAAUGAGUCUACCUGUACUAUGGCACAUUUUUGCAAGCAUAUUUCAGCCUGGUAUGCAGUUUUGUGAGUUUACCUGUAUUAUUGUAAAUUUUUGUAAGAAUAUUUCAGCCUAGUAUACAGUAACAAAAUGGUUUAUGGUAAAUUGGUAGCCAUUAUGCAUACAUUUGCUAGGAGAAAACUGUGCACUUGAUGUGGCACUGAUGCCUACACAUGUUGUGAGACAGUAAUUCUGAUGGGUCAUUUCAAGUAAUUGUAAGGCCCCUUCCACACAGGGUGGUUUCUGUCUGCUUAGUGGGGAAUCUGUCUGCUGAGCAGGUGGAUGGCUGAUCUGUGUCCGCUCUGCCUAUGCAAAGAGGACUCUGCACGCUCUUGCUCCAUAGAAGACAAUGGAGGGUCUGAUUUAGUCCGCUCGCGUGAAAGGACUCUCAAAGUGCUAUUGACCAUAGGGUUUUGGAGCACCUGCUACAGGCGUAGGAUUCUGGGUACAAAGGAACACAGCACUGCCUAUGGGCAGUCCCCUCUGGUAUAAAGCCCCCCUUCUCUGCUUUGGCAAGCAAGUUCUUUUACCAAGUGUUCAGGAGUAAGCACUUGUUUCCCUGCUGGGGCCUGUGGUUCUAUAGCCUUUUUGCUGGGAUUUUUUUCCUGCUGAGAUUUUCUAAAGGUCACCCCAGUUUGACAAAAAGCACAUGCAGACCUUUUUAACUAUGCGCUGGGUAGACAAUGACAGCCUCAUCCUGGACCCAGGCGUUCAGAGCGUUAAACGUCUCAUGGGGACACCUAUGACUGGGGGCCAGAGUUUGUUAUCCUGCCUGACGGUACUUCAGUGGAGUAGAUGCUCUGUCAUGGGAGCCUUACCAACACUCUUGGCUGUACUGGGAAGUAGUUGUCCCCCACCUCCUCUUCUUUUUUUUUUUUUUUUCUCCCUCCCUGGAAGCAGUGUGGGGUGUAGGUACUUACUGGGGUGAUCGGCCCUGUGGUGUCCCUCUUGUAUUCCCUGCCUGAGCUUCCCUAGCUCACCUUUCUCACACAGAGCUUCCUUAGCCUUCCACGAUGUAGUAUGGAGCCUGGCAACCUGGGUCCCCGCAAUAUAAACUGAAUAGUGGCUUCAACAAAAAUAUCAUUUUUCAUACUUCCUGUACAUGGACAACCAAUCUGGCUCCCCUGAGGAAGUCACGUGGUGUGACGAAUGUGCUUUUAAUUAGAUUUUGAUGUAAGCGCAUAUUUUAAUCUUUAAUAAAUUAAAGCUUUUUAAACAUUGUA